CCUCCUCCCUCCUCUCGCACACACACCCCCGCUUGGGCCUCCUCUCUCUCUCUCUCCGGCUCCAUUUUCUCCGCCGCCGGGGGCCGGGGUCUCCUGUGGGGGUGCCCAGGCGGCACCCCGGGUCUCCCCUUCAGUGCCGGGGUGAACCCCCGAGGGGAGCCGGGAGGCGGGUUGCCGGGCGGGGUUGGGGCGGAGGGAGCAGCGGCCCCAGCGAGUUUGGGGGGGGGAGUCACCCGGCGGGGGGAGGGGCGAGCAGGGAGGGGGCCUCAGGCCCCCCCCCAGCUAUGGACGAGCGGCUGCUGGGGCCGCCUCCUCCGGGCGGGGGCCGUGGGGGUCUGGGGCUGGUAGGUGGGGAGCCCGGGGGCCCUGGCGAGCCUCCCGGUGGCGGAGACCCCGGUGGGGGAAGUGGGGGGGUCCCGGGAGGCCGAGGGAAGCAAGACAUCGGGGACAUUCUGCAACAGAUAAUGACCAUCACCGACCAGAGCCUGGACGAGGCCCAGGCCAAGAAACACGCCCUAAACUGUCACCGAAUGAAACCUGCCCUGUUUAGUGUCCUGUGUGAAAUCAAGGAGAAAACUGGCCUUAGCAUUCGGAGCUCCCAAGAGGAGGAGCCCGUGGACCCACAGCUGAUGCGCCUGGACAACAUGCUUCUGGCAGAAGGUGUGGCUGGACCCGAGAAAGGGGGGGGCUCCGCAGCAGCCGCUGCAGCCGCCGCAGCCUCCGGUGGUGGCGUGUCCCCGGACAACUCCAUCGAACACUCAGACUAUCGCAGCAAGCUUGCCCAGAUCCGCCACAUCUACCACUCAGAGCUGGAGAAGUAUGAGCAGGCAUGCAAUGAGUUCACAACUCACGUCAUGAACCUGCUAAGGGAGCAGAGCCGCACUCGCCCGGUCGCCCCCAAGGAGAUGGAACGCAUGGUUAGCAUCAUCCAUCGAAAGUUCAGCGCCAUCCAGAUGCAGCUGAAGCAAAGUACCUGUGAGGCCGUCAUGAUCCUGCGCUCUCGCUUCCUGGAUGCCAGACGGAAACGCCGGAACUUCAGCAAACAGGCCACUGAGGUCCUGAAUGAGUAUUUCUACUCCCACCUGAGCAACCCUUAUCCUAGUGAGGAGGCCAAAGAGGAGCUUGCCAAGAAGUGUGGCAUCACCGUCUCUCAGGUUUCCAACUGGUUCGGUAACAAGCGAAUUCGCUACAAGAAGAAUAUUGGGAAGUUCCAAGAGGAGGCGAACAUCUAUGCUGUGAAGACGGCCGUGUCAGUUGCCCAGGGGGGCCACAGCCGCACCAGCUCUCCAACGCCCCCUUCCUCCGCAGGCUCUGGCGGCUCUUUCAAUCUCUCAGGAUCCGGAGACAUGUUUCUGGGGAUGCCCGGGCUCAAUGGAGAUUCCUACCCUGCUUCCCAGGUGGAAUCACUCCGACACUCGAUGGGGCCGGGGAGCUACGGGGAUAACAUUGGGGGAGGUCAGAUAUACAGUCCUCGAGAAAUUCGGGCCAAUGGUGGCUGGCAGGAGGCUGUGACCCCAUCCUCGGUGACAUCCCCAACGGAGGGACCAGGAAGUGUUCACUCUGACACCUCCAACUGACCUUGCCCCUCAAGGUCACGAUGGGGCUGGGGGCUUCCACCAGGCAACUCUUGAGGACACUGGGCGUAUAGAGGACAAACCCCACAGAAGCACAAAACAGGGCGAUUGGGGUUGUGCCCUCCCCGACCAGACGCUCGAUACUGGGGUGCUGACAACAUGGCAGGGAGAGUGGGGUGUCCCCGUUUCUUCUUUCUUCCCCCCCCACCAAAACCAGAUACCUAUUUCUCAGAUGUCUCUCUUAACUCUACAACCUAACACCAGUUGUGUUUGUCUUGGGCUCCCCCACUUCUGUUCCCCACCCCACUUAUAUACUCUGGAAUCUGGAGACGUCAGCCCUGCCCAACCCAGAGAUGCCAAAAAUGGGGACUCUUGGACAGAGGCCCUGGGCCAACACCCCCUCCCCCAUGCACCCCCACCUGCUGCCCCUCCAGACGGCUUUAUUACCUCAUACGCAGCUCAUCUUAAACCAAUAGAACCGCUCGGUGGACAAGAGUGUCUGACUCGGAUAUCUACCUCGGAGGGAGUUUCUGCUACUUUAGAAAACUGUUGACUAGGAUUUGGACGUUUUGUUUUGUUUUGUUUUGUUCUUUGUUUUUUAAGAAACAAAACCCUGAAUCUGUA